AUGGCCGCUCAAGUCAUCACCCCGAACCCGUGUGCAGGGGCUAUCCCAAGCAGUACAUCGGAUCACAACUCCAAGCCUGUAUCAAAUGGCCCUUCUCCUAAUGCAGCAUCUUCGGGAGAUCUGCUCUCAGAGAAUCUGGUCAAUCAAAUGCAAACCAUAUUCGGCAAUCAUCCCGGCUAUCGAACAACACACGCCAAAGGUCUUCUUGUAGAAGGUGUCUUUACGCCUACCAAAGAGGCCAAGACCCUCUCCACUGCUGCCCACUUCAACAACCCCUCCACCAAAGUGAUUGCUCGGUUCUCGGUCGGCGGUGGGAUUCCUCAUGUUCCCGAUACUGCAUCAGCCGCCACACCAAAGGGCAUUGCUAUCCGUUUUCAGAUCGACGAUAAUACGCACACUGAUUUGAUCGCGCAUUCCUUUAAUGGAUUUGCCACUCGCAACGGAGAGGACUUCUUGGCGUUUCUCAAGCUCGUCAGUGCUGACGGACACGCCGAGGCAAUGCUCAAAAAGGCCAAAGCUGGCGGUGGCGACUCGUCUAAAGAAGAGAAGCUUUACAAACAAGCCCACGAUGCCUUCUUGUCUUUCCUUAGCAAGUCUGAGCAUAAGUCUGCCGCAGUUUUCGUACAAUCUGAGAAACCCAACCCUCAUAACUACGGCACUAUCACAUACUACGAGCCCAACACUCACGUCUUGACCAACAAAGAGGGCAAGACUACAAAUGUUCGCUAUCGCCUAGACCCUGCCGACGGAGAGCAUCUCUACUCUCAAAAGACACCCGAGGACAAGCAGAAGCUUGCUCAGCUUGGGAUCAACUACCUGGAAGAUGACCUCCAGCAGCGAUUUCCAGACAAGCCAAUCGUCCUCACCAUCCAAGCGCACAUUGCAGGUCCCGACGAUGUGUUGGAUGAUGCAACCACGCCAUACGCAAGCAAGAGUUUUGUUCCUGUCGGCAAGCUUGAGAUCAACAAGGUUUCGGAUGACAACGCUGCUAAGCAGCAGCAGAUCGCAUUCCAUCCUAAUCCUGAGAAGGGUGGUAUCCAGGGCAUCAAAUCAUCUGAUGACCCUCUAAUUCAGGCGCGAAAGGGUGUUUAUUGGAUCAGCUCGGAGCAGCGACGAAGUGAGAAGCAGGUUGAGUAA